GACAGAUUGAAACGGGGAGGAGCCUGACACACUGAGUUCAGCUCGGGACGGACUGAAGGACAAACGAGCAGAAAGGAAGAGAAAACUGUAUGAGUAACAGGUUUCAACAGAAAAAUAAACAGAAUAGCAAAGCAUAGUGAAUAUUUCCUGCCUGAAGAACAAUGUCUCUGUCUUCAGCCGCUCGUCGAGUGUUUGCUGCCGCGUCACAUUCAGGUCAUGAGGGAGGAGCGAAGACCUGGAAGAUGCUGACCUUUGUGGUGGCCUUGCCUAGUGUGGCGGUCGGCAUGGUCAAUGCCUACAUGAAGAUGCAGGCGAACCCACACGAGCCGCCAGAAUUUGUGCCGUAUUCUCACCUGCGUAUGCGCACCAAGAAAUUUCCCUGGGGCGAUGGAAACCACACUCUGUUCCACAAUCCUCACACGAAUCCUCUGCCCGAUGGCUACGAGAACUCCCACCACUGAGAGAAGCAGCCACAUUUCUUCACUGCGCUUCCUGUCAGCAGCGCACUCGGCUUAAUUAUACUAACCGAGGGGCCAAGCCGCGGCGCCACGAGGCGACGCACCUCGACACAAAUAAAACCACUUCAUGCUGUA